AUGCAGGCACAGGAUACGUUGUUGCGGCUCAAACCGUACGAGUAUGCCCACGUAUUGAAUAAAAACAACAACGUGACAGAACUUAUUGUUGGCCCCCAGGCGCGUGUCAUCGCCUCCGAUGAACGGCUUCCCAAGCCUGUGACACCGUUUCAUGUUGUGCCGCGUGGGAGUUAUUGUAUAGUAGAGAACCCCCACGUUCGGGGCAGCGAUGGGGUGACACCUGUGCGUGACAGAGACGGGCAGGUCAAGGUGCGUCUUGGUGAGCGGGAGGUACGUCUCGGCAGCACGGCCUUUCCGCUCUAUCCCGAAGAGAAACUUGUGGUUGUGUCUCCGAUGAAAUUUCUCCGCCAGGACGAGGGUCUUGUAGUGCAGGCAUUAUGCAACUACACUUCCAGUGAUGGUGUGAAGCGCAUGGCAGGUGAACGCUUUCUCUUCACUGGCCCCGGCACGUAUUGCCCGCGUGUGGAGGAAGAGGCUAGAGAAAUUUGUCGCGCCGUGCUCAUCAUGCCGGGUCACGCAAUACGGCUUUCUGCGUUGGAAACGUUUACAGACAGGGACGGUAAAUUGCGGAAAAAGAACGAACAAUAUCUUCGUACAAAACCCGGCUCAUAUCUUUGCUCCGUCUCGGAAAAGUUUUUGGGAAAUGUGUCUCCUAUAGUGUUGCAUCCUGGUGAAGGACGGCAUGUGGAGGUGCUGCAGCGUUUUUUGGAUGAGAGAGAACACGGGAAGGGGGUGGAGCGUAUUGCAGGGGAAAAGUACCUUAUCACAUACGAAGAUUCUCCCUCGUUUCUGUUGCAUCCGUAUGAAAGAAUUGUGAAGGUUGUAAAUAAAUUUCAUGUGAGCAAAAAGCAGUACGCGGUUGUGAUUGACGAGAAUAAAUCAUAUCGUCGCUUCAUAACGGAUGCCUCGUUUUACUUGCAGCUGGGUGAGUCUCUUGAGGGUGAUGCCAUUCAUGACAGUUACAUUCUUCACGAAGGACAGGCUCUUUUAUUGAAGGCAUUGGGGGACUUUCAAGACACAGACGUCGAUCCACCGGUCAGGCGGCGGGCUGGGGAUGUUUGGCUUUUGCAGGGCCCACGAGAAUAUAUUCCAAACGCCCUUACGGAAGUAUGCAAGGAUAAAGAUAAUAAAGAGGUGCGAGAACGCAUCAUACUCACCAAUGGGAAGGGGAUCUAUGUACGGGAUAACGCUACGGGGGAAGUGAGGGCAGUGAAUGGCCCAGAUGCGUACAUGUUGGCUGCCUCUGAGGAACUAUGGGAGAAGCACUUACCACCGGAUGUGGAGAAGUGUCUUGAACAACAGAAAUAUUUGUCUAUGGAGACGAGCGUUGGGAGUCCCUCUUGUCCACCCUCACCUUGCAAAGAGCUUCGGGGGAAGACACACUGGACUGUAAUGUACAAAGUUCCACCUAGAAGUGUGACACAGGUCUACAAUUACAGAACAUUAGAGACUCGGACGAUUUUUGGGCCGGAGCGUGUUUUGUUGGAGCCCGAUGAGGAGUUUACUGUCAUCACACUCUCGGGGGAUUUGUGGCAUUUUGAUAAUCCAGGUAACUGCCUCCCGAAGGAAUCAAAUUACAUCAAAUCACUGCAUUUGUUUCUUGGACCUUCCAAUAUGACGGAUAUUGUGCAUGUGGAGACACGGGAUCAUGCCCAACUUGCCUUGCAGCUGUGUUAUGCCUGGUACUUUGAUGUUACCCCCGGCGAUGAAUUGGCUGCAGGGAAAUGCUUCAGCGUGGGCGACUUUGUCGCGGAUACCUGUUCCUUUAUCGCAGGACGCAUCCGCGCAGCAGUGGCAUCAUUGCCGUUUCAACAAUUUCAUAAAAACAGCGCCAAGAUAUUACAGGAAGCCGUGUUUGGGGUGGAUCCGGUAAGUGGAGGUACAAAGACGGAACUCCGUUUCGAGGCGAAUAACUUUGUUGUCACAUCUGUGGACACGCAGCGGAUGGAGGUUCUUGACUCACGUACCCGUGAAGGCCUUCAGAAGUCCGUUAAAAUUGCCAUUGAAAUCUCCACUCAGGCGCAGGAGUCCAAUGCGCAACAAAUUGCACUGGCACGUGAGCAACACUCCCGAGGGUUGCUUGAACGGCAAAAGAUGCAGGACCAGGUUGAAAAUGAAAUACAGCGAAGAGUGUUACUGGAAGCCGAGACGCGCAGUCUUGCCAUGCAAAGUUCUGGUCGUGUACGGUCCAUUGCGGAUGCCACCGCAAAGGCAGCAAGUGUGGAGCAAGAGGCGACACUAGAAGCCGCACGUAUUCGCGCAAAGAAGGAUGAAAUUACAAAUAAUAUCUUGGCAGAGGUGGAGCGUAUGAAACGGGAAUUACAACAUGAAUACGAGGCCCAGCGAGUUGCAUUGGCUCAUAAGUUGGAAGCGGAACUCGCUGACAUUGAAAACAAAAAAUUCUCGGCAGUGAUGGAUGCCAUUGGCCCUGAAACUGUGAUGGAGAUUUCCAAGGCCGGGCCCGAACUCCAGGCGAAAUUGUUGGAGAAUUUGGGGUUGGAGGGGUAUCUUGUCAUGGACGGCAGCACGCCGAUAAACCUCUUUCGAACUGCCGCAGAAAUGACUGCACAAUCUUCUGCUUAA